GGUGGUGAGUGCUUGUCGCUGCUCUGUCAUCGUCUUCACCUGCGUCUUGAAGCACUUCCUAAGACGUCUCCUUGUCUUGGUUACAGUGACCUCGGUGUUAUAUUAAACUAGUGUGGGUUCGUAACUAGCGAAGUGGAUCGAUCUCAGCAUUCAGACAAGCAGACCGUACUUGGUGUAGUGGAAGUCGUGUUCCACCUUGAGCUCAUAAAAGUUGUAUUUAACAGAGAUCGAAUCAUAGCUGCUGUCCCUGGUUUUACUACUGGGGCGUGGCUGGUGUGGUCAGAACCUUACGUCGUUCUUUCAUCCACUGUCAAGCGUCUAUACCUUCCUCCUGGGGGCAGGAAUACAGAUUUCUCUCCUUCCGACUUUGAGAAUUGCAAGUUCUUCACAGUUUCCCAUCCUUCUUACCUUGACAGUCCCAGAGACUGGGAAGACCCACCUCACCUCCAGCGUUCCCAGGCUGCAGGUAACACAAGCAGCCACACACAACCACAUGAACUAACCAGACAGAAACUAGAGUACCUUCACCUUGACCAAGGAACACCCUCAACUUGUUUGUGUAGAGCAGUGUAGGAUGGCGCAGCGCCAGGAGAGCAGGGAUUCUAACCUGUCCUUCAGCGGCGUCCAGGAUACCAUAGACGCGUUGCUGGCGGACCUUCAGAGCAGCAUCACGCCCACCACCUCCGCCCCUACCACACCCCACCCAGCCUACAAUGGUGCCGCCCACACGCCCACCCCAGCACAUAUCAACGCCUACAACGGCCAUGACAUGUAUCACCAAGAGAGAGUAGAAGAGGUGCGGACGGAGCAGCAGUCAUCAGGUGGAGGGAAGAAGUCCUCCCUCAAUAACAACCUCUCCGAGCUGGACACUUUGCUUCAGGACCUUAAUAAUGCACGAUACACGGGAAACUUCAAAGAACCGGGAGCAGCCACCAACGGGACGGUCAACGGAUCGCGGCCCUCCGUUGAUUCUCUCCUGGACGAACUCAACAGUGUCAACACCAACCAUGAGGUGGUGGAACAGCGGACGGUGCAGAGAGAGUUCCGCACCACACAUCAGCCACUGGCGUCGCCACCGCCGCAGCCUCAGCAGAUCAGCCACAGGCCGCAGCCGCAGCCUUCAGCCUCUACCGCUACUAAGGAGCUGGACGACCUAAUGGCUUCGCUGAGUGACUUCAAGAAGUGUGACGUGGCUGAGGUUGAGAAGCAAGUGGUGAAGUCUGGAGUCGUCUCCAGCCACGUCUUCACGUCCUCCGAGAGUACAAAAAGCUACCCUUCAGGAGUAAGAGGGGUGGCGGUGCCUCCGCGGCGCCCUCAGGUUCCUGACAACGCUGCCGUACUAGCGGUGCCUCCGCCACGGCCUCCAGUGCCCGGGGCUUACUCGAUCUCACCGCUGCCUCCGGAAGCCUACAUCUACGCCAUGCCACUGGUGUCGUCAGUGCCAGCGUCGGUGUACGGCACUCCGCGGGUAGGUGGUGGAGUGCUGGUGCGCCGCGGAUUCGUAAUUAACAGUCCUGCUGACGACCCUUUCAACCGACCUCCCUCGGGAGGUCCUGUCAAGCGCAACGAUGCCGAGUACCGCUGGGAGACAGAUACCUGCAAGUACGAAGUGAGGGAGGUGAUAGAGUUCCCCUGUGUCAACGAGAGAACGCAGGAGCAGCUACGCAGUCCAGCGUUAGUCCGCAAACUGAUCAACGCCAGCAGCCUCCAGACACAGGUGGAUUCUGCAUACGCUAAGCCGCAGAAGCCGGCCAAGAGUCCCUCCCCGCCCACGCCCGCACCAGCGCCCGUGUACUCACCGCCUGCAGCGGCCCCCUCGCCACCCAAGGAACCCACGCCCACACCACCCCCGGUCAACCAGCUGGAUUGUAUGCUCGGCUCCCUGGCCUCACACAUGACGGAGCAGGGCAUCACCACCACGCAGAAGGGCUGCUGCUGUGCCUGCGAUAAACCCAUCGUUGGCCAGGUAAUCACAGCCCUGGGAAGGACGUGGCACCCUGAGCACUUCACCUGCUCUCACUGCAACCAGGAGCUUGGUACCCGCAACUUCUUCGAGAGGGACGGCAAGCCUUACUGUGAGCCAGACUACCACAACCUCUUCUCUCCUCGCUGUUCUUACUGCAACGGUCCCAUCCUUGACAAAUGCGUGACGGCGCUGGACAAGACGUGGCACCCGGAUCACUUCUUCUGCACGCAGUGCGGCAACACCUUCGGGGACGAUGGUUUCCACGAGAAGGAUGGCAAGCCUUACUGCCGAGACGACUACUUCAACAUGUUCGCUCCCAAGUGUGGAGGCUGCAACUCCCCCAUCAUGGAGAACUACAUCUCUGCACUCAACGCUCAGUGGCAUCCAGAGUGCUUCGUCUGCAGGGACUGCCGGCAACCAUUCAACGGAGGCUCCUUCUUCGACCACGAGGGCAUGCCAUACUGCGAAACCCACUACCAUGCAAAGCGAGGAUCCCUCUGUGCAGGCUGCAGCAAGCCCAUUACUGGUCGGUGCAUCACGGCCAUGUUUCGGAAGUACCACCCAGAACACUUUGUCUGUUCUUUCUGCCUGAAACAACUAAACAAGGGCACCUUCAAGGAGCAGAACGACAAACCUUACUGCCAUGGAUGUUUCGACAAGCUCUUUGGUUAAAGAGAAUCAGUGUGGAAUUGGAGCCAGGCAUCGAAGAUUUUGUGUCAUCAAGUCUUUACAAUUAUUGUCUGUUUUUGGAGUUAAUAAAUUUGCAGAAUACAUUCAGAAUGUUGAAAAGCAUAACGAGAAGACAAUAUCAGUCAAAAAUAACCGAACUGUUGGACAGGGUAAAGAGACGUACAAAAGGAAAGCAGAGAAAACUGUAUAUAUAUUCUAAGAAAAGAAAACAUAUCUUUCCACACAUUUAUAUUAUUCAUUUAUUAGUGGGUCAAAGAGGCAGUAAAGUGAGGGAAAUAUUUCAUGGUAUGUUAGCAGUAGGCCUAAGCAAGCAGUUUAAUUCAUCUUUCAUACAGUUUAUAAGGUAUCCAGCAUUUAGGACAUUCACUGUAGGUAUUCAUCAGUUUUGUAUCAGUAUAUCUCAUUGCAGAUUUCAUUAUAAAAGUCUUAACUCUUUACCAAGUAUUGUAUAUUGGGUUUUGUAUUUUCAUAUUGUAAUGAGCUGAAAAUGUAUUUAGAUCUAUGUUGAUGAGCAAUGGAGAUGAACAUUAAUUUAACCUAACAACUGUGAAUCUAGAAGAUGCUCAUUGAUAGAAUUGCUGAUAUUGUUUAAUCUCCAGUUUGAGUUGUCCAUACUAUUUAUGUAAAUAUAAAGUUUUGCAUCCUUUUGAAAAAUACAGUAUGGUAUAUACAUUAAAGUUUUUGUGGUGAACUUGUUUAACAUGUAUUAUUUUUUAGUGACAAUCAUUAAAAGGCAUUCUCUCAAUAUUUUGAAGUUACAGUCAGUGCUCUGAGAGAGCUCUUCUGUAUAGCACAAUUUUUUGUAAUUGCAUUUGAAAAAGUAUGUCCAGAUUUGAAUAGCCUAUAGAAAGGCCAUCAUAGCAUGUGCUCUCCAAUUUUUGAUAGGCUUUUUUCAUCGCAUUUACAAAAAAUUGCACUGCACAGAGGAGCUUUGUGACAGAGCUGACCACACCCCCCUUUUUUUUUUUUUUUUUUUUUUUUUUUUUGCUUUUUAUAAGUUGUAUAUUAGGUGCAUGGCUCUGUCUUUUGUGUAUCUAAAGCUUUAAAGCACAGCAUAUGGUCGUUUGACUGUGGCAUACUUCACUCGUGGUGCACAUCCUAUAUUUAUGUCCUCAAACUCUUAUUAUAUUCAUGGAAAAGUGAUAAACCAUCGGGGUCAUACUGUGCCUAAGAUGUGGAAGGUAAUUAGGUUUGAUCCAAAGGAAAGGGUAGCUCCAGUUCCUUGGAAUGAGUGGCCCUCACCAGCAUCAAGGCACCAUCUGUGAAUGUUUGUUUUUUAAAGUUUAUGUCAAACAUAUAUAUUGCUAAAGCAAGAUCCUUCACAUUACAAAAAAUCAAUAGAAUAUGAACUUUGGUAAAGUUUAUUAAUAUUUAUGUUUGAGUGCAAUAAAAAAAAUCUAUUUUUAAUUAGUCUAAUGUACAGUAUAUUAAUAGAGAUUUAUUUCAAGGUUCCCAGUGCAUUUCCAUUUUAAGUCAUCAAGGCUAAGUGUAUAAGAAAAUAUUGAUGUUAUGCCAUUGCAUAGGAAAAUCACAAGUUUUUAAUUCUUUGUCCAUGCUGUAAGUCAUUAAUGUUCGAUUACAAUGUGCAGGAUUGUAUCCAGUUAAAAUGGUGAUACCAUCUGUUUGCAGAAUCGACUCAUGAAAUCCUAAAACAUUAUUAUAAACAACUUGGAGAUGGGGCAGGACACUACCAGUGGAAAGGCAAUACUAAAAUUAUGAAGCCAGUGUUAAAUUCCCUAGUGUAUAUAAAUGUACUUUUGUGAUAUGUCAAUAUAUCUUUUUAAUUGACAUAACAGGAUAUAUAUUUACAAUUUAUAUCUUAAGAUGUACUCCUGGUAACCCUUACGAGGUCUAGUUCCUAUGCUCUUUGUGUAUCUAUAUGUUGUUGCUCUAACAUUCACUGGAUGAUAUGGGUGCACAAUAAACUGGCUGUUUCAGUGGCAAAAUCUUAUUAGGCUGGUAUGGUACAGUGAUAAGAGUGUUAGCUUGGUAAUUUUUUGACUGCCUUGCCACAGCCGAAGUCCUGUCCCUUCUUGGAGUUGUUUAUGACCAUGUUGAAUUAAUUCCAUGAGUUGUUAAUAAUGGCUAUGGAGGAACUUGAGAAGCUAAAUUUUGUUGCUACCAUGUUGGCCAGAGAUUCAUUUAUAAAAACGUGCAUCUAUGGUCAGUGGGGCCAGUGCUAACCAACCCAUAGUGUAUAGAAUAAUAUACCCAUAACCCAUAGUGUAUAGAAGUAUACCCAUCUGGAUGAAUUUUGCUAGACUGGCAUGGUGUAGUGGUAAGACCAUUGGCUUGAUAAUAUUAAGACUGCCUUGCCACAGGUCGAGUCCUGUCUGUCCCCUGAGGUGUCAGUAUGAGGUUCAUAUAUAAAACACAAGACUGGCUUUCUUAAUUUUUUAUUAUUAUAUGCCUGAAUUUGAGCAUGGGACCUAAAGCUAUUGUUGCAGUUGUGGACUACUAGUCACAGAUAAAAGUGCCUUUACUUCUGGCAUUUUAACUCCAUUCUUUAGCAUCAGGCCAACCAAGUUAUCCACAUUACUGAAUAAUUGAAGUGCAAAAAAUUUACCAUGUAUUGAUAUUAAUGAUGUGUGGAGGACAAAAUUUGUCAUGGAAUUUAAUCAUAGGUUUCAGCUGUUUUAUUAAAGUGUCUAAUGCUAGCUGAGUUCACUUUGGUUCUGAUAUUAAAGUAUAAGAUUAGUUUUACUGUAUAGUAAUUAUGUAUAUUAAUUCUUAUUGUGAUUUCUCUGAUGGAUGUAUUACAAACAUGCAUGUGUGUGUUCUUAAGCAAAGUCAGAUUAAUUUAUUCAAGUGCAUUAAUGACUUGUUUAUCUAAGUUUGGCUGUCAUAAGUUGUAGCUUUAUUCUAGAAAUGUAUUCACAUAGUGUAUUUUGAAUUUAUUUUAAUGGAAUUUUACAGAAUGCUUCAGCCUGGUAAGCCAUAGUUAACUUGUGCUGUGUUAAAAGCUACUCAGCUUUCUUAUUUACACAAAUUUUCUCAGUUCUGGAUUUUACUAAGAUGUGAGACUAACUUUGGAGUUAUAUGAUAAAUGUGGAACUAUAUAAUCUGAUUUUACAUGAAAGUUCAGAAUAAUGAGAUGGUACAAAUUAUAUGAACAGUAAGUCAGCUCUUGCUGUUCAUAUUUACCAAAUUUUAAAUACUGAAAUUUCUUAGACAUCACAUCUUUGUUGACAUGCACUUGCAAUGAAUUAUAUAUAAUUUUAUGCUUAUAACAAACUAUAUUGAAGUAUUUCAGUGGGCUGUUCAAAAGCUUCAAUAUUCUGAUUCUACCUUGCCAAAUAGCCAACUGUCUAAUAUAUAUAUAAAUAUUUAGAACAUGUCUGACACUGUUAGUGUUAGCAACAAGACACAAAGACAGUUGCUAGCAGGCAGGGAGCUUACAGUGUGACAUGGAUAGUCUGUUUAAUGCUUAUCUCUUAACUAUAACAAAAUUAGGUUAUGGAAUUUAACUAGUGAUGACAAUCAAGAGUUCAAUACAGUAGAGUAUCUGGCUCACAGUUCAAGUUCUAACAGAAAGAAAAAAAACACUGACAAGAGUCUGUAUUUCAGUGAACGUGUUUGUUGACUACUCACACAUUAACCACUCCAUGUGUGUUUUAAAUCGUUAGUAUCAACCAAUAUUGCUAUACCAUGUUUACACCAUGUACUAAAUUAAUAAAGCAGUCUCUCCACUA